AGCUCUCUAGUGUGCGGCACGACAGAAAUUGUCGCCUCGGUGCGGGCACCACACAGCCCUGAUUUACUAGCCUAGUGAAAACCCAAGGUUGAGCCGCACAUAUCCGGCAUAUGUUUGAGAAAGGGUGGCUUGCGCGAUGCAACCAGUGUCCGUUUCGCGUCGCGUGCAGAUCCAUGGCCCUACUUUCUCAGAUUGGCAAAGUUGUCGACUUCGUAGAGCCUUCCCUCGAUGUUGCCAGUCUUCAAAGUUGUCAGACAGCUAUAUCCCACUACCUGUCGAGUCCGAUUCGAGAGGUACAGUUUUAACUAACUGGUAUCAUUAAUACAGUUCUAACGUACAACUGUCCUCGAGCGGAAGGGCAGAAAGUAAGGCGUAUCGUCGCGCGCCUGUCCUCGCUUGUCUCCGAGUCGUGUCGUCUCAUGACUCGUCCGCAGACGUGGCGGCUAGGCAAACGUCGUCCCAUUAGGAGCAGAGCGGACGCGGCGGAUCGACCAGAUGGGACAGCAUGUGUGAUGUGUCGCCUCGCCAGUGAGCAGAGCAGGGACGACGACAGCCGUAGCGCUGCUCCCGAAACAGCGACCAAGACAACCGUAUAGCGCGUUAUUCGUAAUACACUACAGUACAGUACCUACAAUUUCCAGAGGUACAGUAGACUGGUAACCGCCAUUCUAUCCACUCCGAUUCAAUCUGUGCUGCGCGCACGCGUCAUUCUAGUGCGUGUAUCAGUACGAGCAUUAGUCGAUUCCGAGCCAACUGCUGCCCUGUAUCAGUUGGCUCGGAGCAGUGAUGUGCCUUCCAGUGCCACUUGAAACCUCCAGCGCCGCAUAUUCACAUGUGCGGAUGUAUGCCGCCAUGAUGUGCUUUCACAAUGCAAGCUCCAACGCACAUGCUGCCACUGGUGCGUCUCUAGUCCCGCUGUCUCACCACGUCAGCAGCAACUUGCUCCCUGCUUCCCCACGUCAGCAACGGAUCCGAUGAAGAUCGCGCCGAUAUCCGCCUAGCUGCAGCCUGAUCCAGAUGGCAUGUUCCGAGAAGGUCUCCACUCACUACCAACUGCCGUACCAUGAAAUGGAUCAUCUCUCACUCCUCCUCUCACUCCUCCUCUCACUCCUCUCACUCCUCCUCUCACUCCUCCUCUCACUCCUCCUCUCACUCCUCCUCUCACUCCUCCUCUCACUCCUCCUCUCACUCCUCCCCUCACUCCUCCUCUCGCUCCUCCUCUCGCUCCUCCUCUCACUCCUCCUCUCGCUCCUCCUCUCACUCCUCCUCUCGCUCCUCCUCUCACUCCUCCUCUCACUCCUCCUCUCACUCCUCCUCUCACUCCUCCUCUCACUCCUCCUCUCACUCCUCCUCUCGCUCCUCCUCUCACUACCAGCCUUAUCCCCAAAUUUCAUGAGCCUCCCCCCGCGCUUGGCUCAACUUGUCCGGGCGUGCAGCCUUUGGCGAGAGGAGGUGGCGUGGCGAUCGUUCUAGAAGUUUAGAAACCUACCAGGCCCAUCAUGUAGGCUGUACCCUGGAAUCCGGGGUGGUGCGCGUUAGCAGCAGGUAGGCUCGGUCUAGAUAUAAAAAGAGAGCCGGACCUGUCACUUUGGACUACCCUCAUUGCUGUUCAGCGCCCUUCAGUGCUCUCGAGCGGGGCUCGUACCUUCACCCGAGUCACCCCAUUCACACACGCUUCUGCGUGGACGUUGGUAAUCCGGAGCAUAUACUAGCCGCCUCAACUCACCACUCGACGUCAGGUGAAGCACUCUUGCAGCUGGCCCCUUUCACAAUCGACUCAAGCUCUUCUUGCCCCCGGAUUCAAGCCAGCCGCAUCCAUCCAUCCACUCAUGGCGGUCGCGGAGAGCCCCAUGCACCUCUUGAGGGGGACAUACCAACGGAAUCUCGGGCACGAGCGAAUCCAGCCACGGCAGGAGUCUCUCUGCUUAGUCCAGGCGGUUUUCCCGGACUUGGGGCCUAACCAGCAGCCCCAGCAGCUCCAGCUCCAGCAGCAGCAGAAGCGGCCCGCCAGCCUCUUAUGGCAUCAUGGGGCAGGGAAGAGACGGCGCCUGGGUUGGAGUGGGGAACAGCAGGGAAGACAACCUCUCCCUCCGAACCUCAUGCCGUACUGCUGUGAUUUAACUGCUCGUGGUGCCGCUGGUGGUACUGCUGCCACUGCUGCUGGUGAUACUGCUGCCGCUGCUGCUGCCUUCCCUGCACUAUUCCCUAUCGCUUUCUCUCAGCCUACAAAGGACCACCACGUUCCGUCCUUUGCCGGGCUCCUGAAUUCCAUUUCGCCUGCCCGGCAACACCAAUGCCGGGUCAUCUCCGCCCCUGCUGCCUCUGCCAUCUGCUCUCCGUGUAUUCCGAGCCACGAAGCAUCGGUGUCUACAGCACUUGCGCAUACGCAGCAGCAAGUGUCUAGGUCGGGGGAUACCUGUGUCCUGAAUAGUGUGACAGGCUGUCGUGACUCUGCAUCGUCUUCCGUGGGCUCUCGUUGCACACAGCAGGAGAAGCAAAGGAAGCAGGAGAAGCAGGAGAUGCAGGGGGGAGAGGAGAUUCAAGAGAGAGGAGUACAAGGAUGGGUUGCGAUGGGGGAUGCAUCGGCAGGCUUGCUUGAUUCUCAAGGGCAACCUGCUGCAGGGCCUGAGAAUCUCUCCAUGCCGGGUUGUCUCUUUAUGCAUGGCAAACUCUCAAUGCCAGAGGAUGUGCCAGGCAAUAGAAGUGAAGCUUCUGAAGAAUCUGAUGAUGAUGAGCUACAAGACACUGCGUCUACUUGAACGAAAAAUGACAUACAAGUCUUCAUGGUUUGCACACCCCUAGCAAUUGUGUUGCAUGUAGCCAAUUUAGAUUUGUGUAGUGUAUUGUGAAGCUUAUGAAGUUAGAUUUGCUGUACCGUACAAAUACCAAUUCAAGUGAUAUGACC